AUGACACUGGGCCGCCCGCUCGCCAUCCCGGAUGCUCACGUCAGGGUAGACAUGCCGAGCUCCGUUCCACGUGGCGGGUCAUCCCCCGAAGACGAUCCGUCGGACUUGUGGCUGGCGAGCCCGAAUCUCGAAUUCUACAACGCAAGUCUUUCAUUGUAUAUGAUUAUGGGCCGAAUCCUAGACGCACUCUACGGGAGCAACCUGGAUUGCGACUCGUCGCAGGACGUCUUCAAAAUUGCAAGCCAGGUCUUCCAGAUUGAACACCAACUUUCAGAAGCCCAAAGAGGGUUUCCUCCGACUCUGCAGCUAGUUGAGAUGGCCGAUUUCGUGCAGGAGCCAAGAUGUCCCAAACCGAUUCUGAAGUUCCGCGUGAUUUUCACGCUCCGUUACUAUAACCUUCGCAUUCUAGCACAUCGUCCCCUACUGCAAAAGUAUCUUGAGAUCCUAAGCAACCGAGCCGAGGACACGCACCAUCUCAGUUCUCUCCACCAAAUCGGUGUCAAUAGUUUACGCAUAUGCAUGCAGUCGGCUAGUAGCAUUGUCAAGUUGAUGAUGCAUUUAACCAAGUCGAAAGAAGAAGACCGAGCCCUUUUGGCCUUCAACGCGGCUCUCGUCAUCUACUCCGGGCUCCUGAUUAGGGCCUAUGCAGAGGCUCAUGAGGAAUUUUUCUCGCUUGGAAACAUCGAAAUCCGACGUGAAUUGCUUCAUCAAGCUGUCGAAAGUCUCAUGUCGUUGGAUAAUGGAAAUUCAAGGACGGAGAAAUGCGCGCGGUAUAUCUUGAAACUCGACCGAGUUUUGGAUUCACUAUACCCUUCAGCACGCGCAGAAAGCGAGGCUAUUGAUAUGCCGACAGACUCGACAUCGCGCGACGUGCUGGGCAUGAGUAGCUCCAUGGCGCAUUCGGAUUUGUUCAACCACGAACACACACCAAUGGGCCUGGAUAUCAGCGAAUUGAUGGUGCCUGGAGACCUGGACUUCCUGAAAUUUUUUGACCCAAACCUCAAUAUGUCUUGA